AUGGUUUACCAAUUUAAAAGGAAAGAAGAUGAAGUGCCACUGAAGAAAGUGAAGAAGGAAAAAGCAAUUGUCAUCCCAGAACUGAAUGACAUAUCCAUCUCUUCAAAAGACUGGCAGCAGCAUUUGCAGUGGGAAAAGAGUGAAAAGUGUAGACAAGCGAUUGAAGCACUUACUUCAAUUUUGGAGGAGCCUACACGUAGAAGAAAACCCCAGUUGACGAAGACUCAGCAAUGGCCGUUCGUAGGGAAUUCAACUGUCAAGCGUAUAAUCACUGGUGUCACUCCAUCUACUGUGUCUUAUGACCCAUUUGCUAAGGUCGAGUCACAGAAAUUGAUGAAAGUUAUGGACUUCAUUAAGCGAGAUUUGGCCCAAGAGGAAUCUGGCUAUGGUGAGUUUAGCGCUAAGUUUUACUUAAAGAUAAUGGUGCCAAGAAAUGUCUGGCCAACUGAAAAUUACGGCUGGCUGUGUGAUUCACACCUUGCCGCAGCAAUGCUCAUAUUUCACAGACGUUCCAUGCAAUCCUCAUCUCCAUAUGCCUCCCGUCGAAUUGCAUUUCUAGAUCGGUGGUUUGUGAAAUCAUGGGUUAAUGACUUUGAGAAACAGGACAAGAACUCAGUUGAGUUGUCAGAUAUGUACAGCAAGGCUUUCAACGGAGAAUACCCGGAGCAGUUUGUGACUGGUAAGAAGUGGUUUAAAGAUGUUGACAGCUUGUUCCUCUGCCACAAUAUUAAUGGAAACCACUGGGUUGCUCUACACAUUGAUUUACUUAAGUCAACAAUCUAUGUAUAUGAUUGUAUUCCGGAUGUGGUGAAGGCUCAUAAGGACCUGCAGGAAGAGUGCAGGCCAUUCACGAAAAUGAUUCCUUUGAUUCUUAACAAGAUGCUGCCUCCAACAAAAGGAAAGAAGUCUGAGCAGCAGUUUGCCUUACGUAGGCCCAAGAAUGUUCCCCAGAAUGAUGACCCAGGAGAUUGUGGUGUGUACUCUUUGAAGUACAUUGAAUGUCUGGCUAUUGGAUGUACUUUUCAUGGCUUAAGUGAUGAGAUCAUACCAGCACAAAGAAUGAAGUUGGCAGCUGAGAUCUAUGAAGAGGUUGCAGAGGUUGAUGCUGAAGGAUCGAUUUAAAUGUUGCUGUCUGUUGUCGUAUUAUGUAUAACUUGGAUGAUUUUUUUUGUAGUAUCUCAGUACUUGUCGUAUUAUGUAUAACUUGGAUGAUUUUAUUUUAGUACUUGUAGUAUAACUUGGAUGAUUUUAUUUUAGUACUUGUAGUAUUUCAGUUUUUAUCGUAUUGUGUAUAACUUGAUAAGCCUUGCAUAAUAUUAUGGCAAUCAGAAACUAAUGAUUAAAGCAUCAAAGUAAAUGAAAAGUAAUGCAGCACCAAAGAUCAAAGUGCAAAAGUAAUGCAACACCAAAUAUCAAAGUGCAAAAGUAAUGCAACACCAAAGAUUAUACCACUGAAUGUAGCACUAACCUAGAUCAAAAAAAUCACUUAAAAGGACAUGUUUUAGAAUUAUGUCCCGUCUGGUUACAAAUUUUACAUGUGUGUUCCUUCCUUGGCCGCUUCUUAUCUGCAACUUUCUCCAAAAUAGAUUUAUGUCUUGAUUUUUUUGGUCUUCCUGGUGGUUGACGGACAUCAGGUGGUAAACAGAUUUUCUUUGCAAAUUCAUCUGGAAUUGGAACAGCAUCAUCUUUCGGCAUAACUGCAUUGGAAUAUGCAUUGUAAAGGUACUGCUUCCGAUAGUAACGGUGACAAAGUGAUAUACGUGAUAUCUUUCUAGCUUCCGCGGCGGCUAUAGCAUGGGCACAUGGUAGCUUCUCCAAAUCAAAUCUACGGCAAGAACAUGUCUUCUCAGUCAGAUUUACAACAUGUAAUGAUGAGACUCCUGUCACUUGUGAUUGAUGGCUGUCUAUUGCUUGAACCUUUAGUACAUUAGAAAUAGGUAUCCUGCCCUG